AGGCGGAGAGAGAGAGAAAAGUAAGAAAGGGAAUGAAAAAAUCAGAUCGAACUUAGUUUUGACGUCCGCAAGGACUAUUCUCUCUCUCUCUUUUCAUCUUCUUCCCCUCUCUCUCUCUGAAAGAUACAGCGAAGAAACAGAAGACAAAAUUGUGAGCAAAACAAAAGGUACAAAGUUAAUUUAAAAAAAAAAACAAUUUUUGUAGGAAGACAGAGAGAAUUGUUUUAGUUUCUUUUUGGGUUAUCCCGAAACCCUAGAAGAUGAAGAAGAACAACAAGUUCCUUUCUUUAGCUUUCUUCUACUGAUUUUCUCUCUCUCUCUCAAGUUGUAAUCUAUCCAUCGAGAUAAACAGAGCUAGCUAGAUAUCUCCGAUUCUCAGAUUCUUCAAAUUAAGCUCUUUGUGCUGAGUUGGAAAGGAGUAGACUUUGUUCAUUUCGGAUCUGGCGAUUUUUCCAAUUCGGAGCUCUCCUUUGCUCUAGAAUGGUCCUCCAUACGGAAUCUCACCACUCAGAUUCAGCUCCGAAGCUUAUCAUUAGUCAAGUUUCUACUUCAUUGUGCAUUAUUGGAGACACCUUUGCUCCUCCAACACAGAGCUGAGGCUUUAUACUUCUUAUCCAGACCGUGAAAAAAUCAUCUGUUCUGUCUUACUUGCUUCUUUUAUUUAUAUAUUUAUUCUGGGGGAGUAUGGUACCAUCAGAGGCGCCAAAUCCUGUUGGCGGUGGCGGCGGCGGCGGCGAAAAUGUUCAGACAGGAGGAGCUCCUCUUCCUUCACAACCAGCAUUUCCUCAGUUCAGUAACAACAACAUGAGCAUGAGUAUGCCAAACAUCUCUUCCCUCCUCAACAACAACAACAACAACCAUUCUUUCGUAAACGGCGGCGGUGGGGCCGAGUCUGACCCUCUCUCUAGCGUCGGGUUCAGUGGUCUGUCAUCUUUCAACGCGGCUAUGGUUUCGCCAAGCUCGUCUGCUGGUCAAGUUCACGGUCACCAAUUCUCAAACGUUUCGGCUAACCAGUUGCUGGCUGAGCAGCAACGGAAUAAGAGAAUGGAGCCUCAUAAUUUUCAACAUGCUCAGCACUCAAUGCAGCAACAACAGCAGCAGUUUCCGACAGUUCGUGGAGGUGUGGGACCUGUCAAGUUGGAACCUGGUCAGGUCUCUAACGACCAGCAGCAGCAACAGAAAAUGUUGAGAAACCUAGGAUCGGUUAAGUUGGAACCGCAGCAACUUCAGGGAAUGAGAAGCAUGGCCCAAGUGAAAAUGGAGCCUCAACAACAUUCAGAGCAGUCAUUGUUUCUUCAACAACAGCAGCAGCAGCAGCAGCAGAGGCAACAACAACAACAGCAGCAGUUUCUUCAAAUGCCUGGGCAAUCUUCUUCGCAGGCUCAAAUGAAUAAUAUAUUUCAGCAGCAGAGACUUAUGCAACUUCAACAACAGCAACAACUCCUCAAAUCAAUGCCUCAACAACAACAACGUCCGCAGUUACCGCAGCCUCUGAGGCCACCUACGAAACCAGUGUAUGAACCCGGCAUGGGUGCUCAGCGUCUUACACAGUAUAUGUACCGACAACAACAUAGGCCUGAAGACAAUAACAUUGAGUUCUGGAGAAAAUUUGUAGCUGAGUUCUUUGCUCCUAAUGCCAAGAAGAGAUGGUGCGUUUCUAUGUAUGGCAGUGGCCGGCAAACAACUGGCGUUUUCCCUCAGGAUGUGUGGCACUGUGAGAUAUGCAACCGAAAGCCUGGACGUGGUUUUGAGGCAACCGCCGAAGUCCUCCCGCGGCUUUUCAAGAUUAAGUAUGAAAGUGGGACUUUGGAAGAACUUUUAUAUGUGGAUAUGCCAAGGGAAUCUCAGAAUUCAUCUGGUCAAAUUGUCCUGGAGUACGCAAAAGCAACACAAGAGAGUGUAUUUGAGCAUCUUCGUGUUGUUCGUGAUGGCCAACUUCGAAUUGUUUUCUCCCCUGAUCUUAAGAUAUUCUCUUGGGAAUUUUGUGCUCGGAGACAUGAAGAGCUUAUUCCACGAAGGCUUUUGAUACCUCAGGUUAGUCAGCUUGGAUCAGCAGCUCAGAAAUAUCAACAAGCCGCUCAAAACGCAACAACAGAUUCUGCUCUUCCAGAGUUACAAAAUAAUUGCAACAUGUUUGUUGCAUCUGCUAGACAGUUGGCAAAGGCCCUGGAAGUACCACUCGUGAAUGAUUUGGGAUACACGAAGAGAUAUGUUCGGUGUUUGCAGAUCUCGGAGGUCGUAAAUAGUAUGAAGGACUUGAUAGAUUAUAGCAGAGAAACAAGAACAGGACCAAUCGAGAGUUUAGCCAAGUUUCCUCGGAGAAGAGGUCCUCUUUCGUCUGCACUGCCUGGUCCUUCUCCUCAGCAGCAACCCAAUGAACAGCUAAGGCAGAUUGCAAACAACGAUCAGAGUAACUAUGCCUUUAAUGCAGCAGCUUCUGCAUGCACCUCCUCCUCCACAAGCAGCAUCGCAGGGCUCAUCCACCAGAACUCCAUGAAGCAAAGGCAUCAGAACGCUGCCUACAAUCCUCCAAACAGUCCUUAUGGCGGAAACUCAGUUCAGAUGCCGUCACCUAGUUCCUCGGGCACCAUGGCGCCAUUAUCCCAGCAGCAACAACAACAACACAACCUGACAUCAUCAUUUCAGUCUCCAACUUCCUCAUCUAACAAUAACAACAACAACAAUCCCUCUCAAAACGGAGGGAUGAACAAUAAUCACAUGGGUUCCACAAACUCACCAGCAGUUCAUCAACAGGCUGGGGGUGAUGAAGCAAACGGGUCUAGUUCGGUGCAGAAGAUACUGAAUGAAAUCCUGAUGAACAACCAAGCUCAUAAUACUUUAGGAGGAGCAAGUAUGGUUGGGAACGAGGGGAAGGGAGGAGGUAGUAAUGUAAAUAGCUCUGAUGUUCUCAUGAUGAACAACAACAACAACAGCAGCACAAAUAUUGGAGGAGGAGGUGGUGGUGUUGUUGGGAUGGGAGCUAACGGGAACAACAAUGGUCUGAUGAUGAACGGAAGAGUUGGGAUGAUGGUGAGGGAUCCAAACGUGCAAUCGGAUCUAGGAAACCAACUCUUAGGAGCUGUCAAUGGUUUCAACAAUUUUCAGCGUGAUUGGAACAACGCAUAAUGAUGAAAGAGACUUAGAAUGUAUCUGCUUUGGGAAGCAAGGAUUAUGAAAGAGAUAAGAAAAAAUCUUUGUACAACAACUGCGUUUUUAAAUACCAACUUGAGUUGCUGUUUUCCUUUUUUUUCGAGAGUUUUCUGUAUGCUUUUAUAGUUAUAAUGUACAAUGAAUCAGAUGUUGUAUCCUUCAUUUAUCCCUUGAAACUUCCCUAAAUUAU